AUGUCAGAAGAUCCAAUAUCCGCGGGCUCACCACCGAAUUCCGAUGUUCCCGGUGCUCUUUUAUCCUCUCUUGCCACUAAAAACCACCCAAAACUUCCAUUAGCUCCAUCCAUGGAAGCACUAGAAUUGAUGGGAGUUCAAUUUGUGGAUGCUUUAAUUAAAAAAGGACAGAUGGAAAUGGCAAAAGGAGCAUUCAAAACACAACUGGAGGUUCUGGAGAAAGUACAUCCGGAUCAAUUUGAGAAAUAUAAGAAACUGAAAGUGGAGGAUUUAGCGGCAGAUGCAGUUAUGCAACAGGCAGAAAUGUCCAAGUUGCAACCGAAAACUGGAAACGCAUUCAUCGAUAUGUUAAAUGGAAAUGGAAUUCCAAUUGGAAGUAGUAUUCGUGGAUUAGAAGAUGCUAUUCGGACACAAAGAGACAUGGAGAACACUGAUCCAUCUGAGCAGAUUGCCAAAGCAGUCCUUGACAAGUUUCAAACUCAAAUUCUGCCUGGACUCGUUGCCAAUAUGAUCGCCGGAAGGAAUCCAUUCAAAAUGCCACAACAAAUGAGAAAAGCGCAAGCAGCACCAUCAGCAGUUCUUCAACAAGCAAUUGCUCAGCGAGAAAUGUUGGGGAGAAAUGCUCCAGAAAUGAGGAAUAAUCAACAAAUGAUGAUGAUGAAUCGAGUGGAUCAGAGAAUGCAACAGAGGGAACAACUAGUCGAAGAAGACGAUGAUGAUGAUGAAGUUGAAGAUGUACCAAGAAGAAGUUCUUCAAAUGGAGAGCCACAAACUGAAGCAGAGCACGAGAGAAGGGAUUUGAUGAGGAGAUUGCGGAAUAGUCCAAGAUUGAAGGGUCUUCUUCAGAACGCCGAAGUGCAAUCUCUUCUCUCUUACCGUCGAAUGAGAGACUCUCCACUCAGCAAACGGAGGCCAUUGGCUAUGAAUGAUGAAGACGAAAACAUAUUCCGUGCGAUGGAAGCCCGUGCAAAGCUCGAUCAAAAAUCGCAAUUAGUUCUCGGAUUCCAUGGAUUCGAUGGAAUGGGAGAUGAAGAUGAUGACGAUGAGGAAGAUGAGAAUUCAAUUGAUCCAUCAGCCAACUCAUUCCGUCGUGCUCCACUUCGAUUGUCUUCUGGAUUCGUUGAAAAACUAAAAUCAAAUGAUGAAUUGAGAAGUGCAUUGAACAGAAUCAAGUAUCGAGUUGACGAUGUGGAAAAGUAUUUGCAACCAAAGCCAAUGGAUUUCAAUCCUAAACCCCAGCCUGGAUAUUUUGUACCUCGAAAAAUCCCAACUAGACCUCGUAAAAUGCUUCCGUUGUUGAUCGGAUCAGAUCCGGCGACUCAAGAAGAAGUCAGAAGAUAUCCAAGCAAAGAAUGGAAGAUUGCAAAAGAAUCAAGAGUUCUGACAAAUUUGAAGAACAAUCCAAGUCUUGCUGCACUUUUUAUGGAUGAGAAAUUGGAAAAUACGUUAAGAGGAAGGCAAUUGUUGACUGAUGAGCAGAAGGGAAGAACCAGAGUUAAGACAAUCAGAGCAUUGCCGAGAUUGUUUGGAGCACCAACUGCGAAAGCGGAGAUGAUCGAUGCAAAGGUUACUCAAGAUAUCGAAGAACGACCGGUACCACCAUUGUUCUUCGAGCCAAAAGGAAAACACACUCGGUUGAGAUGGACUGGAGCCAAUGAGAAAGAAAUUCCGGGACUCGGAUCUCGAUUCAUUCUCCCAUCUCUGGACCCCACAAUGCCAGCUCUGAACACAGCUUUCUCAACUCAAGGACGUGCUCGUGAUGAAUGGGAUACAAUGUUCAAAAUUCCAAAUCAAUGGAAUCCAGGAGACGAAGUUGGAUUCAAAAUGAACUCAAAAACCAAACGAUUUAUUGGAGGAAACGGUGCAUUUGAUAUGCCAGCGCUGGGUCUCUAG